UUGGCGCCAAAUUUUUAACAAGGAAACCCAAGCUCCGCAACACACUACAGGCAAAAACAAUUUGGAAAACAACGCAGCAGAAAACAUUUUAAACCGGAAUUCUUUUGGCAGUUUAGACGUUUAUUCGAGUUAAUUUUUAACUGGGGUUUUAAUAUGUUUAUAACAGAUAUUCGAAAGGAAUUUUAUGAUGUGGUUGUCCACCAGAGAGUAGCACUCCUGGUAGCUCCGGACAUUGAUGCGUUAUGCGCCUGCAAAGUUCUCCAGGCUUUAUUCCACUGCGAUCAAGUGCAGUACACCCUGGUGCCCGUGACUGGGUGGCAGGACUUGAGCACCGCUUUCAUAGAGCACAAAGAACAGUAUCGUUAUUUUGUGCUGAUAAACUGUGGAGCAAACAUUGACCUUCUGGAGACACUCCAGCCAGAAGACGACACCAUCUUCUUCAUCUGCGACACACAUAGACCUGUUGAUGUUGUCAACGUCUACAAUGACACUCAGAUUAAGCUCAUGAUAAAACAGGAUGAUGACCUUGGCAUACCUACCUAUGAUGACAUCUUCCGAGAGGAUGAGGAUGGAGAGGAUUCUGGGAAUGAGAGUGAUGAUGGCUCAGAGCCUUCUGGGAAACGUAGGCGAUUUGACGAGGGUGCGGUGGAGAGAAGGAUAGAGAGGCAGAGAGCGAAGAGGGAGUGGGAGGCACGCAGGCGGGAGAUUUUAUUUGAUUAUGAGCAGUAUGAGUACCACGGCACCUCAGCAGCUAUGGUCAUCUUUGAGCUAGCCUGGGUCAUGACCAAAGACAACAAAGAUAUGCUGUGGUGGGCCAUUAUUGGUUUGACAGAUCAGUGGGUCCAUGACAGAAUCCCUAAUAUGAAAUAUGUGACGGACAUAGCCACCCUUCAGAGGCACGUGUCGCGGCACAACCACAGGAAUGAGGAUGAGGAGAACUCCUUGUCUAUCGACUGCAUGAGGAUCUCCUUCCAGUACGAUCUGCGUCUGGCUCUCUAUCAGCACUGGUCUCUAUAUGAGAGCAUCUGCAACUCCUACUACACCUCCUGUGGCUUCAAGAUCUGGUCCAUCAAUGGCCAGAAGAAACUCCAGGAGUUCCUCGCAGACAUGGGUCUCCCUUUAAAACAGGUCAGACAGAAGUUUAACUCCAUGGACAUGAAAAUCAAAGAGAACCUGCGUGAGGUCAUAGAAGAGUCUUCUAAUAAAUUUGGCUUGAAGGAUAUCCGUGUCCAGACGUUUAGCGUUCACUUUGGCUUCAAGAACCGUUUCCUAGCAACAGAUGUGGUGCAUGCUGCUACCGCCCUGCUGGAGAAUGUGGAGAAGGACGAUAAGGCAGCAGACAACUUCAUUAGGGCCCUGGACUGCCUGAGCCGGAGUAAUCUGGAGCAGUUACAUCUAGGUAUUGAUUUUGCCAAGAAGAAGCUGAAGGCCAUCCAGCAGACCAUCGCCAGCUGCAUGUGCACAAAUCUAAUACUGUCCCAAGGACCCUUUCUCUACUGCUACCUGAUGGAGGGUACUCCGGAUGUGAAGCUGUUCUCCAAGCCCAUGGCUUUAACCCUGUUGUGCAAGUACCUGCUGAAAGCCUUCGUGUGCACGACCAGGAAUAAGCGGUGUAAGGUUCUGCCGUUGGUGAUUGCUGCCCCAUUGGAUGUGGAGAAAGGCACAGUCAUGGUGUUGGGGAUCCCACCAGAGUCGAACUCCUCUGACAAGAAAAAUUUCUUUGGCAGGGCCUUCGAGAAGGCUGCGGAGAGCACAAACUCUAGAACAUUGCAUGAUCACUUUGAUACAUCCGUUAUUGAGCUGAAGAUGGAGGACAGAGGGAAGUUUCUGGAUGCUCUCAUUACCCUGUUAUCCUAAGCACUCAAAGACGAGCCAAGCUGGGAAACCUGCCACAGGAGGAGAGAGAGAGAGAGAGAGAGGGGGGAAGAGAGAGAGAGUGUGUGUGUGUGUGCUCUGUGUAUUUGUGAGUGAGGCGUCCUAAUGCAUCUUCACCUUGGGUCAUAAAGGCCUGAUGGGAACUCAGAUCAGAUCAGAGUGGAGCCAAAACAUUGAGGAAAACUCCUCGAUGCUCUCUCUCUCUCACACGUACGUACACACACACACACACACACACACACACACACACAUGCGCGCGCACACACAUACAGACGUAGUCAGUACCCCUAAACACACACACAUAGUCAGUACCACAGAGGAAUCUUGCACCCCUUGUGCAAAUGUUAGAUUUUCAAUGUUCAAACUCACUUUGCUGCCAAAUACCAUUACAGCCCCUUGAGUCAGGGUACCGCUCAGAAACAAACUCUCCACUAACACAGGGGUGUGUGUGUGUGUGUGUGUGUGUGUGUGUGUGUGUGUGUGUGGGAUAGUGAGUGAUAAACUCUGACUGCUGCAUGAUGACAAACUGAUUCACAUGCCUUGUUUAUACUGUAUAGGUUUUAUGAAUUCAAUAUAUGUGUGUGUGAUUGUGCCCUUUUAUUGUUGUCUGCUGUAAAUUAUGCUAUGUUGUGUAUGUUAACUCAUUUUAAACUAUCUAAUUAAAGCUUAAUAUUAACCC